UUUGCAGCCGUUGGAUCUUGAGCGUACGUGUUGACCGUUGGAUUGGCUUUUGAGUCGGUUUCUCUAGUGAAUAACCCUAGGGCCAGUCGCGCCGCGCAGCUCUCGUCCGGAUCUACGCGCCCCACUUAUUCUCGCGAUGGCGGCGGCAGUCGAUGAAUUCCGGUGCUUCGUUGGGGGUUUGUCUUGGGCAACCACUGAUCGCAACCUGGAAGACGCAUUCAGCCCCUAUGGCACCGUUAUUGAAGCCAAGGUGGUGCUUGACAGGGACACUGAAAGAUCUCGCGGCUUUGGCUUCGUCACCUUUGGCGACGAGAACUCCAUGCAAGACGCGAUUGAUGGCAUGCACGGCAAAGAUCUGGACGGCCGCUCCAUCACUGUGAGUAAAGCCCAGCCAAAGUCUGGCGGCGGAGGAGGCGGUGGCGGUGGCCGAGACCGCGAUGGAGGCCGAGAUGGGGGCCGAGAUGGCGGAGGCUAUGGAAGAAGAAGCGGCAGUGGCGGCGGCGGCGGCGGCGGGGGUGGCGGCGGUGGCGGCAACGGUGGCUGCUUUAAGUGUGGCGAGAGUGGCCACUGGGCGAGAGACUGUACCAGCGGCGGUGGCGGCGGCGGCGGUGACAAGUAUGGUGGAAGCCGAGGCGGUGACCGAGGCGGAAGCGGACGCUACGGUGGUGGGAGUGACCGUGGUAACGGGGGGUAUAAUAGACCCCGUGAUGGCGGUGGCCGGAGCAGGUCUGGACCGUACGAUCGCCCCGCUGGCGGGGGUCGAUCCAACGGUGGGAGCCGCGGCUCUUACGACGAUGGGUAUUAAGUGGUGUUUGUGUGAAAGGAGGUGUGGUUCUACUUGUAUGUUCCCUCUUUUAGCUUGGAAGUAAGCUACUCUGCAAGACAAAUUUUCUUUUAUAACUA